AUGGUGAACCACUGUAGGGUUGACCAGGUGAUAGCAUGGAGUCGAGAUGGUGAGGGUCCGCUCAGGGCCAAGGUGCCGUUUGUCGGUCAUACGUACGUACAGCCUUGUGUCCAAAAUUUUGAUCGAUCUCUCGAUACCUACGCAUACUAUUUUUAUAACAACGCUGGGGGCAAGCUUGUUCUAAAUGAGUUUGUGCAAAAUUCACGGAACAGUGUGCAUGUGCUGAGCAGUGGAAGCGAGACAUCAAAUAAUUGCAUAAAAUUGGAUCAUUAUGAGAAGGGAGAAAUUGUUGAGGUGCACGGCGAAGAUGACAAAGAAAAAACUUUUUCCAAUCUCGGUCUGGACCUGAGCAAUAUCACGACGAUGAAAGUCAAACAUGGAAGUAAAGUACGCAACCUUCUUGGUUUCGCCUUCAAAGUCAUCAAGAACGAAAACACCAAAUACAUCAUCUUCACAGGCUCAGGCCCAGCCAUCAGUAAGACAAUAACAUGCGUUGAGAUCGUCAAACGAAAGAUGAAGACUCUGCAUCAGAUCACAAGGAUAUUCUACAACAGAGUAGACGAGUAUUGGAACCCAAAGGAAGAAGGUCUUGAUAGGCUGAAAGUCAGCAGAGACAUACCAACAAUCUCCAUACUGCUGUCCAAAGAGUCACUGCCGAGCCAAGAAUGUGGGUACCAAGCUCCUGGCUCUUACGACCAUCUUUGGGCAGACGGCUCCGAAGACAAGAACAAGAAAAAGAACCAAUCCAGAAAAAGAAAACAGGAUAAAAACUCAAAUCGUGCGGAUGUGAACCCUGGACAAUCACAAACGACCGAUCAGAAUAAACCAAUAAUGAGAAAACCAUCGGGUAAAAAGAACAGGACAAAAAACAAAGUGGGUGCCGCAGCAGUGGAAUGAAGAGAUAAAAUUGCGGACAGCUGAGAACUGGGAUAGAAGAUGGUCGGUUUGUGUUGCUUUUCAAAAUGGACCUCUCCCUUGUUGUGUUACAUUUCUACAAACUAUGGCUAUUUUUGUUUUGGAUUUGCAUUGUGUGGCUUUCCAAAGUUUUCCGACCUCUGUUGGCAAAAACUUGGGCUGUGACGUUGCAAUAGAAUGGUCUAUUCAACCAGAUCGAGAAUGGAAGAGUACAUAGUCUGGCUCCUUUUAUCUUGUACAAAUGUUGUACGUCCAGUACUGUUGUGGACCAUGGGGAAUAAUUUUAUGACCAUUGUAAUGAGUGCAGAUGAGGAUAGUGUGCUACAGUCCUUACAGUCGCUGUCGCCAGUCAACCAGGAGCCCAUGCAACCGUCCACUGCCCACACUUGGCCAUUUCUCAACAUCGCGUUGUGGGCCGUGAAUUUUUUAGUUUUGAACAUAAUGUUAAAUUGGCAUCGGGGAAAGAGAGUAUUCAUUUUGGUUUACCCUCACACCGAUGUGUGUUCGCACCGGUUACUCAGUGAGUACAUUGUAUUACUCGGGUGGGAUUUGAAACCACAACUUUUGCAAUUCAAAUGCAGAUGUCUAACCAACUACAUGUAGACCAUCGUGAUUGCUUGGUAGCUAGAGUCAGUUUGAAUCCAGUAUUUCAGCAUUGGUUAACGCAAUAUUUAAAAGAAAAAAUUAAAUUGGCAUCGGGGAUAAAGAAUAUUAAUUUUGUUUUUACCCUUACACCAAAGUGUGUGUCAGCACCGUGUGCUCGGUACUUUCACAAACUCUCUUUUUUUUUCAGGGUAAAACCGAAAUUAAUAUGCAGUUAGUUUUGUUCCACCCUCACUAACGUCAAAACCACUGUAUUACAUUAAAACUGCCGUUCCCCAAAAUGUUCAAAAUACUCUUAAGACUUGCAUUGACUAUUGGGAAAAUGCAAUUUAGCUUCAAAUUAUUAGCUUUAUGAACAUUUAGAUUGACAAAGUCGGCUGAGAAUCUGGUAAUGUUCAACGCUCUAGGAUGUUAUUAUUUGGUACACCAAUGUGUGUAAAGCAUACUCCGUACUUUCCUGAGUUCUGUAAACAAAAUCACAGGCAAAUUACUUGGGUGGGAUUCGAUCCCGCGAUCUUUGCCAAUCAAGAGCAGAAUAAUAUGCCUGGGAUUUUCAUAAUAAUAAUAAUAAUAAUAAUAAUAACAAAUUCUUAUAUAGCGCAUUUCACAAUAAACCGUAUC